UCGUAUGCAUUCAUUUGUUUGCCGGCGCGGCGGUCGAUCAAUCGUACGUUCAUUCAUUCCACUAGUUUCAAAUUGAAUUACCAAUUGAAUUUAAUUAGCGCGGUGAAGGGUUAAGUUUGAAGAUAGGUUAUCUUGAGAUUAGUUAUAAUGUUAGGUGUGAGUGUUGUGUAUUGACAGUUUGUGCUACAAGUUUGUGAUUGUUCUUGAUACACCAUGGAGUUCUCGUACGCAAACGAGACGCUGGUGGAGUCGGCAAUGGUGAGCCACCUCAAAGUGGUGGGGAGGCUGUUCUACCUCAUCACGCCGCAAGAACACAUGUUUGAGAGGAAGGAGGAUGUGCCUAACUUUUUUAAACAGUCAUGGCCGUAUUUCCUGAUAUUCAUGGUACUGGAGCACAUAGUGUUAAGGCUGGAGGGCAAGCCUGGGAUCAGACUGAACGACGGGAUCACCAGCAUCUCCCACGGGAUCCUGCAGGAAUGUGGCAGAAUAUUAUGGCGAGGCGCCGAAUCAUACCUGUACACAUGGAUAUACACGAACUUCAGAAUAGUGGAGUUACCCUGGGACAACGUGUGGACGUGGUACGCAGCAGCGCUGGGGGUCGAUUUCUGUUAUUAUUGGAUGCACAGAGCAUGCCAUGAGGUGCACAUAUUAUGGGCUCAGCAUCAGGUGCACCACACGUCGGAAGACUUCAACAUGGGCGUCGGCAUCAGACAGUCCAUACUGCAGGGGUGGUGCGGAUUCAUUUUCUACCUCCCUCUGGCGCUGGCCAUCCCUCCAGCCCAGUUCGUGAUGCACCACCAGUUUAGCUACCUGUACAUGUUCUGGAUCCACACUGAAACUAUCAAGAGCCUCGGACCUCUGGAGUACAUCCUCAAUACACCUAGCCACCAUAGAGUACAUCAUGGCAGCAACAAAUACUGCUUAGACGUGAACUAUGGAGGCGUCCUGAUCAUCUGGGACAGGCUGUUCGGCACCUUCCGCCCCGAGACGGACAAGAUCCAAAUUGUCUACGGCCUUAUUUACAACCAGCCUUCUUUCAAUCCCAUGUAUUUGCAGGCAUUUUACACAGGCUACGUGGUGGAGAAGUUCCGUCGGCUAGAAACAGCUGGUGACAAGUUCAAGGCGAUAUUCUGGGGACCCAGCUGGGAGCCAGGCCAGGCGAGACUGGGGGAUGAAAACCAAAAAAUAGAUAUUGAGCAGAGAGAGAAAUACGACGUAGCGCUACCGGCGUGGUGCAAUCUUUAUCUGGUACUGCAUUAUGCUGUGGUCUUCUACGGGUUCUUCGAACUCGCUUCUAGAUACAUGGGCAUGUCACCACUCUCCGUCCUAAUAUCCGUCUGCUACAUCAUCUGGUCCCUCACCGUCAUAGGGAUGCUCUUUGACUCCUCGACCUACGCUCCCCUCAUGGAGGUCCUCCGCUGUUCAGCGCUGGCCUUCCUCACGAGGAGUCUGGCCAUUAGCCCAGGGUAUGGAACCGCAUUGCAGAUAGUGUAUGUGGCUUCUGCGAUGUUCUGGAGCCUGUAUACUUUGAAGUUGCUGGAGAUUAAGAAGACUAAGAAGGUUGAGUGAAGAGCUGAUAGGCGCUACGCAAGAGUUCCCUGAAUAUUACUGAUACUUGGGUUUACAAUCAAGCUAGAGAAGAUACACAUCGCAUAGCCAUCGCGGUUAGGGUUAUCAUAUAAAAAAAUGGAAUAUCCCGACAAAAAUCCGGACAUCACCCUUCAUCGUAACAUCUCAUGGACAGUUAUUUCUCCAAAAACGACCCAUGCCGUAGCUACAGCAUAUCCUUCCCUUUUCUUUGCCCUACUCCAGACUUUAGCUAGCUCCAGACUAGGCUAGUUGAGGUUUCCAAAAUACCCUGAUUCUAGUCAAGUCCCCGCGCAAUUCUCAUCCUCCUUCUUGCGUCGUAUUUCUCAAUAUUUAGAGUCGCGUCCUUUGAAUCACUCUCUCUCUCCUGAUCUUUCUCCAACUGUUUCUGUCUCUGACGGUGUUGACAGCCAUGUGAACUGUGGAGUCAAGAGCGGUGCGGGCCUGGUCAGACCAACGCAUUGGACUUGAUUGGCAUUUGAUUGGAUUGGAUUGCAUUUUUUUUGGCGUCCUCAUCCAGACCUUUUCCCUGCUAUCCAAUUUUACCAGGUAAUCUUGAUAAAGGACAAAAAAUCCUCAGGGGAAAUUCUGACAUAUGCCAACCCUAGUCACGGUCAACAAUUUAUGUAAAUAAAAUACAGACCCAGUUUUUAGAACUUUGUAAUCUCUGAGUAAUGAUCAUAUUGACAGGAUUAAUCUUUUGUGUAGCGUCUAGUUAAGAUGGAUUGUACCUCUUUUGGUCUACUUUGUAUGUUAUUUAGUACCAAAGCCUGCCACUACUGUGCCUUAAAUAUAGUGUAUAGUUAGUACAUUGUUACCCUGUCUUGUUUUACCUACUAAUUUUAUGAUUAGAUUUAAGCUUCUCGCAUAUUUUUUAUUGGUUUAUCUAAAUAUGUCUGAGAAACAUUAUAAAAAUAAAAAAUGGAUAAAAUGUUAAUUUCGAAAUUACGUAAGUAUUGUAUAAUUUAAAGCAAGUGUACGACCGUUUUAUGUAUUAUGGGGAUCUAGAUAUUUCCACGUCAUCGUAAUUAUUACCGUGGCUCUAAUGAAAACAGACAAGCAGACAUAGGAUUUCAGGGGACAAACUUUAAUGACAGGUCUCUAGGGAGUUCCUUAAUCAAUAAACUCAAUUAUUCAUGUUUUUCGCAUAUACGUAGUGAUCGCUCUAAGUUUUGUUUGUAAAUACGUUUAGUUUUGUAUGUUGUAUAGUCACGGACUUUAAUUGCUGAGCUAUUUAGCGUUUACUUUACAUUGGACAAUUCAUACCGUUAGUAUUGACAGUCAAAUUAGCUUGAACCUUAGAUUGAUCAUCAAUUAAAGUAUUUGACAGUACCUAAGUAUUCUUUUUAAAAUGAUUUUCUAGACACGCGGCAGCAAGUCCAGCCAAGUUCAAAAAAAAAGAAAACGGCAACGCAACCGUGUGUAACAUAAUUAUAACACGAACCAUUUCGAGCUACUUUUGACCCCUUCCCAAAUUGAAACGUAUUGACUUUGGCACACUUAUUCAAACCCCUUGGCUUGUCUAAAAUACAAAAUUUCAUAAACGUAGCUCAAACAAUGAUUGAUAAAUUAACGUUUAAAACCGGCAUAUUUGUGACUGACUGACUUAUAGAUAAAAAACUUCCCAAGAACCUAACCCACUUCCGUAUAGAGAGUAUCCGUCCACUGAUAUUUCGACGCAGUUACAUGCAUCUUGUUCACGGGAAAUAUCGGGAGCUCAAUAAAAACAAUAUAAAAGGUAAUCACGGUUUAUAUCCCGGUCGAUUUAAGUGUAGUGAAACCAACCGUGAAUCAUUCAAAACUGUUAGGGUUUUUACGUAUAUUAUAUUUGUUUUUUCGGUGAAGGAAAACAUCGUGAGGAAACCUGCAUACAUCUGCGAAGAAAUUCAAAGGUGUAUGUGAAGUCCCCAAUCCGCAUUGGGCUAGCGUGGGGACUAUAGCCCGAGCCCUCUCGCGCAUGAGAGGAGGCCUGUGCCCAGUAGUGGGACGUAUAUAGGCUGAAUUAUUAUUAUUAUUAUUUGUCUAUGUUACUUUUCUAAAAUUUGGUUUGUUGGUAAAAAUUAGUCAAGUCAAAUCCUUAAUAAUUUCAGGAUUUUCUACACAGCACAAAACUUGGCACCCAUAUAGAUCUUAAUUCUUUUGUGAGCGAAUCUACAACGACUCAUAUUCUUAAUAUUGAAUUUGGCUCCCAUUUCACAUUUAUGUUUUUGUUGGGAUAAAAUUUACACAAAGCAUACUAUUUUAAAUGGCCGCUAGGUUAUGUGUAGGUAUCAAGAUUUGAAUAUCCUUUUAAAACAAAGAAGAAGUGAGAAGAGUAUGUUUCGUUUAUAUACUUUCAACAAAAUUAUAUUGUUACAAACAAAACUUGGAGGGAUGAUUGUCUGGUAAUAAGUUUCGAACAAAUUAUAUAAGAUCCCAUUCAUUUUCAUUGGAGCAUCAGUAUUUAUAGUACCUAAAACUAAGUUUUAGCAGAAUAGUUUGUCGGUUAUUUUCUGUGUCCUAACUGCCGGGUAAUUUUAGAAUUUUGUCAUUUAUUAUGCACCUUUCACUGCCAAAGUAUUUCAACCCUAUUGCGACAGAAUUCUAAAAUAACCGGAUAAAUUAGGAAUACUGCAAUCAGUGUUGGCCGAACAUUAAUUAGAAUUGACCAUAUUAAAUAAGAACCAUUAUAAAUUGAACCGUAAACCGUACCGAAUGGUUACAGUUUACGGUUCAAUUUGUAAUGGUUAGUUUCAAUAUUGUCAAUUCUAAUUAACAUUCGGCCAACACUGACUACAAUUAUAUCGUUUGAAUGUUUCCUAUUAGAUGCAAAGGCUGAGAUUGUUUGCAAAUAGUGACGUUGUUAUCAUAGUUUAAGUAAACUAUUUUUUUUUAUCAUUAUUUAUUAUGCUUUGCUGGAAUAAAACAUCGAUCAAUAAAA